AUGUCGCGCUUUUUCUACGGUGGCGGUAGCGACAGCGAGUCCAGCUCCUCUGAGGAGGAGGAGCUCUACAGUGAUCGCGAGGAGGAGGAGCAGUCCGAGGAGGAGUCCAGCGAGGAAGAGUCUGAGGAGGAGGAGGAGUCCUCUUCCGAGGACGAGGAUGCCGGCAAGACCGGUGCCAACCGUUUCAUGAAGAAUGUUUCCGAAAGCGAAGAAAGCGAGGAUGAGGAACGAGUAACUAUCGUCAAGAGUGCCAAGGACAAGCGGUUGGAGGAACUCGAAAACACCGUCAAGUUGAUUGAAAAUGCCGAGAAGAUCAGCGACUGGGCGGUUAUCUCGACAGAGUUUGACAAGCUGAACCGUCAAAUCGUCAAGAUUGUCCAGUCUGGCCCGACCCCGAAGAUCUACGUCAAGACCGUUGCGGACCUGGAGGAUUUCGUCAACGGGACCAUCUCGAAGCAGAAGUCGAGCAACAAGAAGAUGAACGCCAGCAACGCCAAGGGAUUCAACGCCGUUAAGCAGCGUAUCAAGAAGAACAACAAGGACUACGCCGUUCAGAUCGACAAGUACAGGAAGGACAAGGAUGGCUUCAUGGAAGCCAAGGAGGAAGUGGCCCGUCCCGUCGCCGCCGCCCCUCGCCUGACCAAGAUUGAGCGUAUCGAAGCCCCUGCUCUUUCCACCGCCGGUGAUGACGAGGUUUUGCGACCGUUGGCCGUGGCGGCAAGACCCUCCAGUACACCCCCGA